GUAGCAAUCAGUCCGCUUGCAACGUCAUGUGUGGCAAGUGGUGCACGUUACUGCUGUGGCUCACUGUGGCGCCUUUGGGUGGCUCAUCGGCAGCCAGCACAGAUUACUACACAGCCGGAGUGGUGGAAUUUCGACCUGCGAUCAGCGGUGCAAAUUCAACGCAAUUGCUUGAAGAGAAUCUUACGGCGUAUUUGGAGUUGAUUUCACUGGCGAAUGGCACAACGGACAUCAUAGUUUUUCCGGAGGCAACGUUGAACAGUUUGCUGCAAUUGACAGCAGUGCCGCAGCCGUCGUCACAGAGUUUGUGCCACAAGCAGACUGUGGCUGCCACCGAGGUGGCUGAGUUUAUGCGGCAACUUGCCUGCGCCGCUGUUGAGGCACAAACUUAUCUGCUCUUCAAUGUCAAGGAGCGCGAGGAGUGCGGCAACGAUACCGAUAACGAUGACGAUACCGAUACCGAUAACGAUUGCCCGCCACGUGGUUAUCGGCUGUACAACACAAAUGUGGUGCUCGAUCGCAGUGGUGCGAUUGUCUCGCGUUAUCGCAAAUGGAAUUUAUAUUUGGAGCCACAAUUGAAUCGCACUGCCAAACCCGAAAUCGCCAUCUUUGAGACGGACUUUAAUGUCAUGUUCGGUCAUUUCGUCUGCUUCGACAUGCUCUUCUAUACGCCUGCCCAGGAGCUCGUCGAGCGCUACAAUAUCCGGAAUAUUAUCGUCACCAAAAUGUUCAACUCGGAGCUGCCUUUUCUAACGGCCAGCCAGCUGCAGCAAGGUUGGGCGUGGGGCAACAAUGUGAAUCUGCUGGCCGCUGGAGCGAGCUUGCCCCAAGGUGGCAUCACUGGCAGCGGCAUCUAUGCGGGCCAACGUGGCGCCUUGGUGCGACGCAUGGUCGGCGACGCGACUGUGGGCGUGCGGCAGCUGCUGGUGGCACGUGUGGCACGCUGGCCGGAGCUGGCGAGCGACGCCGUGACGCCGGAUGCGGAGCGAGCGGGACCCGUGCAACGUGAGCUGCCAAUGUUGCAAGUGCCGCAGUUGCAGCAAUUCACAAGUUGGCAGGUGCCGCUUAUCAAUGGCAGCUUGCAACAGCGGCGUCUGUGCCACAGCGAUCUGUGCUGUGACUUUGAGCUGAGCUUGCAGCUGCCACCAAAGGAGGCGCCACAUGUGGCACAGCACUAUGAGUACGUCUAUCGACUGGGCGUCUUUGUGGGGCAACGUCGCUAUGAGCAGGAACAAUACAGCGUCAUUCGAGUGUGCGGUCUAUUUGCCUGCCACAACGCCAGCGUCGAGAGUUGCGGUCAACUGAGGCAAGCGGCGGAGGAGGCGUGGCAAGCUGCGCCGCUGCAGUUCAACAUGUUGCGCGUCAGCGGCGAGUUUGUGCAACGUCCGCAUCGCCUGCUCAUGCCCAGCACGCUGAGUGCCUCACUCUAUGCGUUGCAAGCCACCGAACUCGAUUGGUCCCUGUUGCAAGCUGCCGACACAGCUGCCACCACCCACGUGCAACUGCAGCUGAAAAAGCCGCACUCCCAGCUGCUGACCUUUGGCAUCUAUGGCAACUAUUUUGAUGAACAGCACGAUGACGGUGGUGGCGCCACAACUGCCGGUGGCAUUGGAGUCGUAAUUGGUUGGCUGCUGUUGUGGCAACUGCUGCUGCACUGUCUUAUCAGCCAGUAGCUGCUACCUAAGCAAACACUUUGCUGAUUAACUCAAAUCGCAAAUCACACAGGCGACAAAAUUGUCGAAAAUA